AUGAUCAACCCGAAUCCUUCUCACGUGAAAUGGUCAAAAAACAACUCAACCGGACCGCAUAUACAGAAAAAGGAAGUUCGGAACACAAUCAAGCAACUAUUAUACCAGCACAAAGCCAAGAGAAACUAUAUCGAUUAUUUGUGCAAAACUGCAGUCGAGCAAGAAAUAUUCAACGAAGCAGAUGCUGAAAAGAUUAGAAGCAUUUAUUGGAAGAUUGAUAAGGCAUUCUAUUUUGGUUACCUGAACAUAUUGCUACUCGAUCCAGAAUACAAAGAAUAUAAGGCGCAAAAUGUGGAUCCUGAGGGAAUAGUGAAGCUGAAGGUUUUUUCGGACAAAUAUCUAGAAGACAAGAAACAAGACGCACUUUUGAGAUGGAAAUAUAUUGAUUCUUGA